CAAAGUAUUCUCCUUAUCAAUUUCUUUUUCGGGGACAAUAUGCCAAAAAUAGAUUAAAAGAUAAUGCAAAAUUCUAAAAGGAUAAAUUAAAAUAGUAGGGAAAAAUAUUAAGGAAAUUACUGUUUAUUUUUGGUUACAAUAAGUGAUAAUCUUUGUAUUUCGUGUAAAGAUUCACUACAUCUAUGUUACCAAUUUGACAUAUAUAAUAAAGAUAAAGACCCUUUAAUUCAAGUGUUUUUUUUUUAAAUAAUUUUUAUGACAAUUUUUUUACGACCAUUAUAAAUUAUUAUUAUUAAUUUUUUUUUUAACGACAAUAAAAGGACCGCUCCAAGGAGACCCAUAAAAAUUAUUUGAAUAAAUAAAAACAAUAAUGAUUUUGCUCAGUGAUAGAACUUGUGAUUAUUAUUUCGCUUUGUGUGUGGUAUUAUUGAUUACAUUUCAGUUUUGGUAUGGAGCUCCACAUAUUUCAUUUUAUGAAAAUACGGAAGAAAUGUCAAAGUCUCAUUUAUACGUUGGUUCAUCUUCUAUGCCUGCCGGAUGGACCAUAUACAUGUGUGCUAAAGAAAAAACGAAUAAUAUGUCGUAUGAUGUUUCGGUAAUUGAAAAAUCAAAAAAAGUAUUUACACGUACAAUAUUAGGUAACGCUUCAAAAAUGCCAAUACCGACCAUAACCAAACCACCUUUAGGAGGAAUUUUAUCCUACGUUCUUUCAAAAGCACAAAUGGAAGAUCUUGAAAAUAAUCCUCAAAUUGAACAAGUUUUUGUUGAACCUUUAAUGCAUUGUCUUGAACCUGUGAAAUUUUGUUCAAAGAAUACUAAACAACAUAAACUUAUUACCAAUGAAAUUCAAUGUUUAGCUAUAGCAAAUCCAAAUAAUUAUGAAGUUAGGGUUGAUUUUAUGGUAAACUUUCAUGUUACAAAUACACAAUCACAAAUUGAUGAUGGUGAUGAUAACAAAAACAUUAAUAAUGAUAAUUAUAAUAAUAAUGAUGAUAAUAAUAUUACAAGUAUGAAAUCUCAUGAUGAUCAAGAAAUUGAUCAUAAAGAAGAUCAAAAAGAAAUUAUUUAUGAAACAAAAAUUAUUGAUACGAAAAAUUCAAAAAUAAUUAUUAAUUCGGCUCAUUCCGUUUUUUCGGUUAUAUUAAAGUCAAGUAUUUAAAAAAAAAAAAAAAAAAAAAAAAAAA